AUGGCUUUCGAAGAGGAGUUCGACCAGCAGAACGGCUGCGGCGCAGCGCAACAGGGAGAGGAGGAAGGCGAAAUGAAGAGGACUUCCAGCGCGCUGCGCUCCAGCAUCGCCCGCUACGGCAGCAACAGUUACUACUACGCACACGCUCCCCUGCCUGGAGCCCAACAAGGCGGCGAUGUGAAGGUCCUCUCAGGCCCCGGCGUCGUUACUGGCGGACCGCCCGUUUUGCUGGAGAGGAAGCGCGUGGAGCAAGCCGAGGAGGCGGGCAGAAAAGUUCUCUCCGCGGAGGAGGCCGCUAGCGCAGCUGUCGCAGGCAAAGCUCUCGCGGGCUACCAGCGCAUUCAGAGCUACAUGUGGACUGACGAAGGGAGCUCCGUAAGAGUGUACGUAAAUCUGGAGAAAAUCGUAGAGGGAGACGUCGCCGGCGUGUGCUUCGAGAAGGAGAAGGUCGGCGUGGCCUUCGACGCCGAGUGCGCCGCCCUCGCCAUUCAAACCAACGCAGGCAACUACUCCUUGGUUCUGAAUCGCCUCUACCAGUCCAUCGAUCCAGCGAAGAGCCGUGUCAGUGUGCGUAGCGACCGCGUCGCUCUCGCUCUCGCGAAAGAGGACCCCGAUAUGACUUGGUUUAGUCUGACUCAGUCACGAUAA